AUGCUCUUCACCUCAACUAUCGGGGCUAGCAAUAUACUAUGUGCAAUGAUUGCGGCACAGUGUAUUCUACAUGAAGGCGUUACGGUGAAGCUCCCAUUCGUCUUUGACGAGUGGACGGCGUCCAUGAACACAGGAGUAGUUCUGGCCAUAUUGAUAGCUUACGAAAUCAUAACCAUGUGGCGAGGCGGCCUCAUCAAUCCCAAGAUUGUCGAGCUGCACGGCUUCACACCCGAUAAGGCUGGCCAUCUUACUGGCUAUAUCACUGGAACAAUCAUGGGAUGGUUGUAUCGCCAGCACCACGCAGAAUGGAGAGAUCUCAGACGAGAUAGCUUUUGGAAUCGGUGGGUUCCGACCACCGAGGCAGACCCAGCCAACCUUAAGGCCCACGGAUCGGACUCGAUAUCUGAGGGGCCAGGAAGUUAA